CUCUCAGACACAGAGAGAGAGAGAGAGAGAGAGAGAGAGAGAGGGCCAGAAAAAUCUCCUCCAAUGGAGACUCUGGCACUUACUCUGUCAAUACCACCUCUUAAAUCCAACACAUACCAUACCCAUCUUCCCAAAUACCCUCUCUCCCUCUCCGCUUCCCAAAUUCACCAUCUUAAACACAACAAGAGAAAUCUCUCGCUUACAAUCACUUGUAAGCUCAAGGCCACCAGACAAAGCGUGGAGAGGGAGAAAGGGGGCGUGGCCGACAAGAUUUCGGUCUCCAAGGGCGCGCCGCUGCUGUCGGAGGACGGUAACGGUGGCGGGAACUCCGCCGGCGGCGGCGGCGGCGGGAAAUCGAAGUUGGUGAAGAAGUUGUGGAGGAAGGUUUUGUCUGUUCUGUCUAAUUUGCCAUUGGCUAUUGGGGAAAUGGCAACGGUUGCUGCUUUAAUGGCCGUGGGAACCAUUAUCGAGCAAGGCGAGGCUCCGGGUUUCUACUUUCAGAAAUACCCUGAAGACCAUCCAGCCCUUGGGUUUUUCACCUGGAGAUGGAUUUUCGCCCUUGGAUUCGACCAUAUGUUCUCUUGUCCAUUGUUUCUCUCACUAUUAGCUCUCCUGGCAGCGUCUCUCAUGGCCUGCACAUAUACAACUCAGAUCCCCCUGGUUAAGGUAGCGAGAAGAUGGUCUUUCUCACACUCAGCAGAGUCCAUCAGCAAGCAGGAGUUUGCGGAAACUCUACCCAGAGCAUCAAUUCAGGAUUUAGGUGUCAUUUUGAUGGGAUCUGGAUACGAGGUUUUCUUGAAAGGGCCGUCUUUAUACGCCUUCAAGGGGCUGGCUGGCCGGUUUGCUCCAAUUGGCGUGCAUUUAGCCAUGCUGCUGAUAAUGGUGGGCGGAACUCUGAGUGCUGCCGGGAGCUUCAAAGGUUCAGUUACUGUUCCUCAGGGUCUAAACUUCAUUGUCGGAGAUGUGUUGGGACCAAGUGGGUUUCUCUCUUUUCCUACAGAAGCUUUCAAUACAGAAGUUCACGUCAACAGAUUCUUCAUGGACUACUAUGAUAGUGGAGAGGUUCGACAGUUUCACUCUGAUCUCUCACUACGAGACCUUGAGGGGAAAGAGGUAAUGAGGAAAACAAUUAGCGUAAAUGACCCGCUAAGGUACGGUGGGUUCACCAUAUACCAGACAGAUUGGAGCCUCUCAGCUCUGCAAAUAAUGAAGGAUGAUGAAGGGCCUUUCAAUUUGGCUAUGGCACCGCUAAAAAUCAAUGGGGACAAGAAGCUUUAUGGGACCUUCUUACCAGUUGGAAGUCCUGAUUCUCCUGAUGUCAAGGGAAUAUCAAUGCUUGCUCGUGACCUGCAAUCAAUUGUUCUCUAUGAUCUUGAAGGAAAAUUUGCUGGAAUUCGUCGGCCGAACUCUAAACUUCCAAUUGACAUCGAUGGCAAUAAAAUUGUCGUUGUGGACGCGAUUGGUAGUACAGGCCUUGACUUGAAGACUGAUCCAGGGGUGCCCGUUGUUUAUGCUGGCUUUGGUUUUCUAAUGCUCACAACUUGCAUCAGUUUUCUGUCUCAUUCACAGAUAUGGGCCUUACAAGAUGGAACAACAGUCGUUGUGGGUGGAAAGACCAACCGAGCCAAGAUUGAUUUUCCGGACGACAUGAACCGUUUGCUAGAUCAGGUUCCAGAGAUAGUUGAAUCAUCUUCUCCAAGGCAAUCUAAUAGCUCCAGUGGCUAGCUAAUGGCUCUGAUACCUAAGGACAGAGCUCCCAUUUGGCAUAUUCGAUGCUAGUUUGUCUCGCAAGAAACAACCCGAUGUUGCGAUUUUCUCGGUUUUAUUUGUUCAGAGACAUCAAGAUGGAGAGAGUUUCGAAAAUAGCCGUAAGCCGUCCCUCCACGCGGGAUAAGAUUGUGUAUUAUCGACCCCCCUUUAGGGAUUCACGUUCACGUGCACUCAGCUGUCAAAGUUGAUUCUGAAAUUUUAUUUCGAAAAAUGAUUCUUACACUCCUUUUGUUUUAGUAACACCACUUUUUUUAUAUUUUUUUAUUUUAUGUUCAGUUAAAAAAAUUGUACUUGUUAAUAGUCAAUUUUUGAUACAUUUUUUCUUGGCGUAGUUACGAAAAGUGUAUACUGUGGAAAAAUAAAGUUAUGAAUAUUGCGGUUCACGUGCUAUACA